AUGAAAAAUCCAUUCCAAAACGCAAUCAAAAUUCGAAGUACAGAUCAUUCAAACCAUGAAGACCAGCAGAAAGACAAAAACAAAACCAGUACAGAACUAGAUCCCACAAUGAUAGGAAAAUCAUCAGGUAGAGCCUCAUUUUCUAACAAGUUGGAUCUUAUCAGCAGCAAAAUAGACCUGCUAUCAAAGAGGGAAGAGAGUCCAGAGCCGCAGCUUUCGCCGUAUAAUAAGAGAAAAUGGUCUAUUGCAAAAGAUGUAUUUCCAAACAAAGUUUCGAAAAUAAAUUAUGAAAAAUAUGUACAGACUAUUAAUUAUGUAGAGAGUAGUGCAGAUUUAAUACCAACUGCUAUGGUAAAAGUAGAGGUAGAAGGUAUUCUUUUAGGUCCUUAUCGAGCAAUGCUUGACACAGGUUCCCAUCUUAAUUUAAUAGUAGACAAACUGAGAAAGGCACUUAAAAUUCAAACUAGGCAAGUAUCAGGUAAGCUAGUUGGUAUUGAUGGAGUACCAUUACUAGUCAAGAGGCAAGCUAUGCUAAAGAUUUUGCCAUGGUAUGCUACCAGAGCAAGCAAGCAUAAUGUAGCGGAAUCAUUCUGGUUUUUGCCAGAGAAUUGCCAGUGGCAGCCGAGGUUGCCACUCAGGCUCGUCAAUACCCAAGGGUAUUCAGACUCGUACAGAUAUGCCGAUCCUGAGUUUUACAAACCGGGGGAGGUGGAAAUAUUAUUAGGCAUAAGCAUUUUUGCAAAAUCAAUCAAAUCAGUGAUUGGCAGAACACUGUCCGGUACGACACUACUAGAAUCCUCACUUGGUAUAUUAGUGAUGGGAUCAAGUCGUACGGUUGACCCAGAAACAAGCAAUGGUCGUCCAGCGGUAGUCUAUACUGCUGAAGAGCAAUUAGACAAGCUUCUUAGUAGGCUUUGGCAGAUGGACCAGGUCGGCUCAUGCUCAAAGAGGUCAGAAGAAGAAGAACUUGUGGAGCAGCAUUUUGUGUCCUCCCACUAUCGUGACAAUGACGGCGUGUUUGUUGUCAAAAUGCCUCUAAAGCCAAACUAUACAAAUAUAGGUAGCUCGCGUGAAACAGCGUUGCGCCGAUUUAUGUGCCUAGAGAAAAAACUAGAAAAGAACGAACAGAUGAGAAUGGCCUACGUAGAAAAGAUGCGUGAGAGCAUUGAACUAGGACAUGUACAGAUAGUAAGGAGAAAUCCUAGUGCAGAUAAGCCAGUAUAUUACAUACCUCAUCAUUGUAUAGAAAAGAAAUUUCGCAUCGUAUACGAUGCAAGCUGUUGUACAGACAUGGGAAUUUCGCUGAACGACAUCCAGAUGCUAGGCGAAAAGCUCCAGAGAGACCUGCAUGAGACAGUAAUGCGAUUUAGAAGGCAUCGUAUAGCAAUAUGCGCCGAUAUUAAGAAAAUGUUUAAUCAGGUCCGUCUAAAUGAAGAGCAAUGGGACCUUCAGCGCAUAUUCUGGAGAGAGAACAAAAACGAUUUGCUAUGCGAGUAUUGGCUCACAGUCGUCACCUUUGGGCUAACGUCAUCAGCUCAUUUAGCGGUGAGGUCAGUAAUGCAAGCCGCAAUAGAGGCACAAGAUAAUCUGCCAAAAGCAGCAAUGGCAAUCAGAAAUGAUUUCUAUAUGGACGACUGUGUAACAGGCGAGAUCAAUGAAACGAAAGCAAUUGCAUUAGCCAAAGACAUGUACAGAAUAUUAAAAGGCGCUGGGUUUGAAUUAUGCCAAUGGAAAUCAAACUCCAGCAAGUUCAUGAAAGCAAUGAAUCCUAGUUCAGUGGAUGCCUCCUUGGUGUUUUCGGGGGAGGAAAAAUCAUCCAUUCUAGGUCUGAAAUGGCUGAUAGCAGCAGAUCAGUUUACAUACGAAGUAAAAACACCAAAGUUAGCUGGCACACUGACUAAGAGGAAAGUUGUAAGCUGCAUAGCACAGUUAUAUGACCCAAAUGGUUACAUAUCUCCAGUCACGGUCAUAGGCAAAAUAAUGAUUCAAGACAUUUGGAGGCUAAGUACAGAUUGGGAUGAGAAAAUUCCUGCAGAAGUAGAAGAAAGAUGGCGAGUUUAUUGGGAUGAUAUUACGUCUCUUGAAAAAUUCCGUAUAGACAGAUGGCUAGGCACCAUCGGCUCAGAAAAUGUACAGAUCCAUGGGUUCUCAGAUGCAUCCAGCGUAGCAUAUGGCGCAGUAAUAUAUGUUCGUAUAGAAAACUCAGAUGGUACAGGUACAUGCAAGUUAUUGAUGUCAAAAUCACGGGUGGCUCCGUUGAAGACAAUAACGAUUCCAAGGCUAGAGCUAGCUGCAGCCGAGUUAUUGGCAAGGCUGCUCGUAGAAGCAAAAACCUCCAUGGAAUAUCUGAACACGCCCUAUUUCUUGUGGUCAGAUUCCACAGUAGUACUUCACUGGCUAAAUAAGUUGCCAUACAACCUAAAGACAUAUGUGGCGAAUCGUGUUUCAUCCAUCCAGACGAACACAGAAAUAAAAUGCUGGCACUACGUCAACACUAAAGACAAUCCCGCUGACUUAUUAAGCAGGGGCGUGCAGGCGUCCGCAUUGGUAGACAACAGGCUAUGGCUAGAAGGCCCAGUAUGGUUGCAACAGCCACGUACAGAUUGGCCAGAAUACGGUUUUGGUACAGACGAUUUGGUACAGGUACAAGAUGAACUAAAAAUAGUCGCGCUUACACAAGUAAAGCCAGCGUUAUGUAUAGGUUUAAAGAAAAAAGGGAAUAAUGUUCCUCUAUUAGAAUAUUCCAAUAAACUGGAAAGAGUAAUCAAUAUCUUAAGCUAUACAAUGCGUUUCAUAGAAAGAUGGUCAGCCAAUCCGACUUUCAAAAUAAGAGCCAAAAGGCGUAAGCCUGAAAUCCAGCAGCCGACUAUAGAAGAGAGAGCCAGAGCAAUGGCCUACCUCGUACGAGAUUCGCAAAGGCAGUACUAUGGUACAGAAUUGAAAGCAAUACAAGAGCACAACAACCUUCCCGAGAAAAGCAAAUUAGAGCCACUCAAGCCAAUCCUAGAUUCCAAGGGACUUCUGAGAGUAGGAGGCAGACUUGACAGAAGCAGUAAUUCGUACGAAAUGAAUCAUCCCGUAAUAAUACCGAAUGGUUCCAGAUUGGCGUGGCUAGUGAUAGAUCAUUCACAUCGUAGCACCAAACAUGGUGCCGCACAGAUUAUGAUGCAGUUUAUCAGGCAAAAAUAUUGGAUUCCGAAGCUGCGCAGUGAGCUAAGAGGCUACCUCCACAAAUGUGUAAUAUGUGCCAGGUACAGCGCAAAGUUGGAACACCAACUAAUGUCAGAAUUACCAGCAGACAGAGUACAGGUUGGGAAACCGUUCCUGCAUUGCGGGGUAGAUUACGCGGGUCCAUUACAAGUAAAGAUGGUAGACAAGCAAGGCGAUCAAAUAACCAGAAGCAAAUGUUGGGUGGCAAUAUUUGUAUGUCUAAAGACACGAGCCGUACACAUUGACUUGGUCACAGAUUUGACCUCAGUGGCGUUCAUUGCAUGUUAUGAGCGUUUUAUAGCCAGAAGAGGGCGAUGCGAGCGAAUGUACAGUGACAACGGCACGACUUUCGUCGGUACAGACAAAGAGUUGAAGAGAGCCAUACAAAAAUGGUCAGAAGAGCAAACUAUAGCUCAUCUACACAAUAAGAGUACAGAAUGGCGGUUCAUGAUACCGGCCGCACCACAUCAAGGUGGCAUUUACGAAGCAGCCGUGAAAUCGAUGAAGUAUCAUCUAAAGAGGAUAGUUGGUAUGAGAGUGCUACCAUAUGAACAGCUCCUGACGCUUCUAGCACAAAUAGAAGCCAUCCUCAAUUCAAGGCCGAUCCAUCCGCUAAGUGACGAUCCGUCCGAUGUACAGGCGUUGACUCCAGCGCAUUUCCUAGUGGGCGAGCCAGCCAUACUUCCAGUCCCAUUUGAUAUCGGCAGCCAACCGAGCACAGUGGGGGUUAAACUUUGGAAAGAGCGACAACAGAUGCUGACACAUUUCUGGAACAGAUGGAGUACUGAAUACUUGUCCACUCUGCAACAACGGAAGAAGUGGCGUAGAGAAAAAGAGAAGCUCCGAAUAGGACAGCUAGUUACGAUUGCGAGCGAAAACUUCCCUCCAGCAUCCUGGGCGCUGGGCAGGAUAUGCGAACUCAUCACCAGCAAAGAUGGCGUCGUCAGAUCCGUAAUUUUACAGACAGAGACAGGAAGAUUGAAGCGAGCAGUACAGAAGAUUUGUAUUAUACCCGUAGAGAGCGAAAAAUUGCAUGAAUAG